AGUGUACAGGGUAAACCAUUCCUGGAUAGUUACUUGCAUAUUAAUCUUUUCCCAUGUUAUGAUGUCUUGUCACAUGGAAGAACAUUCUGAGAGGCGCCAACUUCAUGAGUUAACUGUAAAGAGGAAAGACCUGAAGCGAUGUGACAAUGAUAACCGCGUAUGCGUCACUGACGAUAGUGACUGUGUCCCCAGAUCUCAUGUGUCUCAUGAAAGGGUGAAUAUAUCAUGCUUUUUUCUACUCACGGACUAUGCUCUGACUCCGUAUCCUCAAUGCCUUUGGAGUCAGGAAUAUAACAUCAAUGCAGAAAGCAUGCACUCUCUCAUUUUCAGUCAGACCACUCCGAUUUAUUCUUGUAUGGGAAUCUUCAGCUUUGGUGGACGAAUGAAUGUAACUUUAAAAAUUAAGAACAACAUGAACGGAAUGGAAUCGUGGUCAGAGCCCUACGAAGUGGCAGUACAAGAAGCAAUAAAAGCACCUUGUCCUACCAUCACAUCAGUCAAUGGCUCUGACAACUCACUGGAGGUGACAUGGGGGAUCAGCAAGUUGCACACUAGAUGUCGGGUCCGUUACCGAAUGGCCACUGACAAAUGGACUGAGAUCUCAGCCUAUGUUCUUGUGGAAAGUGCUGAAAAAGCAGUCUACAGGAUUGAAGGCCUCAAGCCUUUCAGCAGCUACAUCAUUGCCGUUUCCUGUAUUUUGUCAUUUGGUCACUGGAGUGACUGGAGCAUGGAGACAACUGGGACAACACUGGAGAGUGCACCCUCUAGACCGCCAGAUAUCUGUUAUCAUAUGGAGACGGUGAACAAACAAGGACCUCAUCACCUUAUGCUUAUGUGGAAGGCUCUUGAUGUUUAUGAUGCUCACGGACAUAUUCUUGGGUACCAAGUGAGCUACACACAAACAAAGCACCCCUUUCUGAGUGUGACCACUAACACCACAGAUCUGAAGGUGGUCCUUGUGGUGACCGAGGAUGAGUUGGAGGUCACAGUUAUGGCGUACAACAGCGCUGGUGGAUCUCCUUACUCUCAUCUAAAGAUUGACCUGAGUCUUCAUCAGACUCUACCCUCAGUGAGAAGACUUUGGGUGAAUUCUGAAGAUGAUAGGCUAGUGCUUCAUUGGGAUGUGGGACACAUAUCCCUGCCAGUUAGUGAGGUUGCCAAUGAGUGGGCCACUGAUGCUGCACAUCCCACAUCCAGUCACUGGAAACGAGUGAAUGGCUCCACCAGAUCAACAGUCUUGAAAGACCAUCUUCAGCCUGGGACAACAUACAGAAUCAAUGUUUACCCCAUAUCAAAUCAACUGUGUGGGCCACCCAAGUCAAUCUUUGCCAACCUAGAGUACGGAACGCUUUUAGGUGCAGUCGGAAUGCACGUUGUGGAUGUGACUAAAAACACAGUGACUGUACAGUGGGAGUGGCAGAGAAAGGAGGUUCACCCCAAGGUUCUCAGAUACAGAGUGAUACUGCGCCUGGGGGAGACACAGGUCGAAUCUAUCCCUGUCUGGCCAGAGGUAUGGCAGCACACAUUCUUCAAACUCCACGCAAACACAGGCUAUUCUGUUAAUUUACUGGCGGAGACUUCUAAUGACAACAUUUCAAGAGAAAUUAUUCCGAUUAAAACACAUAUUUUUGAACAUAAUGAAAUAAUGUUCACCUUCUGUCUAAUCGUCCUGCUUACUCUUGGCCUUGGAGUUUUCUUGAUCUUAUCCAGAACUGUCUACAAAACAUAUUUCUUUCCAAAUAUUGCUAACCCUGGGGCCAGUGUUGUUGGACGAUGGCUUUUGGAGUCACACCAUGAGAAAAACCGUGUGAAGAAUGUACUGAAGCUGGAGGAGUUCUUAGUCACUGAUCUCUCAGGGGAAAACGGCUUUGUUGAGCUGGGGCAAGAAAGGCCACCUGUGAGAGAUGACGGGAUUUUUAACCCUGGUUCAUCUCACAGUACCCUCAAUAUAAAACAUAUUUUUAUUCCGCAAAAUACAGAAUACAUUGAAAAUACUCCUAAAAGUAACAGAGAGAACAGGGAUUCCUCCCUGAUGUUUAACAAUGUUGCCCACAUAGAGAAUGGCCAGGGUAUACACGUUGAAAAUUGCCAGGGUAGCUUACUUCCAGAAAGCACCCAAAUACAGUGCAAUUUUGACUAUAUAAAGAACAAGCAUACUCUUGAAAAAUAGCAUUUUUAGAGAACACCCCAAGCAAUGUUGAGUAAAUUGAAAACACUUUCUCAGCAAUAAAAUGCUCAAUAUGGAUUGUCUUCAAUGAAUGCCGUUUUAAUAUUCUCAAUAAACAAACCUAGAUUUUACAUUUACAUUUUGUAAAUGUAAACCAUUAAGUGCUACUGUUCUUCAUAAUGUUACAGGCUUUGUUUUUUCCACUUAUGUUUUGAGGUGGGACUUUAGCAGGUAAAGCUCGUUAGCACAUAGGGCACACCGAUUGGUGUCACCUCGUUAGUCAGUAUGUGUUAAACCUGUGCCGACCUAGUGCUCUUGAGAGAUGUGGAGGGUUAACACUUUUAUUCGGCGCUCCUUCUUUUUGAUUUCUAGGCAAACAGUCCUUUAUCUGAUCAUCCCUGUUUUCGUUUUGCUCCACUUUUUGGUUUGCUUCCUGUAUAAGUUUGGUGUGUUUUUUUGUUGUUGCCUCUUCUCUUUUUUGCAAAUUCAGUGGGCUCUUGUGGUGGAUGUCUUUAAGGUUCCACGUGUUGUUACUUGUCAACUUUCAGUGGGCACCCCCACGUCUUUCAGAACUCCCCCUAAAACCCCACUUGUUUCAUUUUGGUUGUUGUCAGUGACUCUUUAGUUCCCCCUUCUGUUUGAGCGACAUUUUAGUUCCCCCUUCUGUUUGAGCGACAUUUUAGGUUUUCUUGCUGGGGAACUUAAUUAACAAUGUAUACAGUAUUUGUUCUGCUGUAAAAUAUAUUGUACAUAUAUUUUUACAUUUUAUAUUAAACUUCAACCCUA